CAACACAUACAAACCCCUACUAGAACUAGUUAUAAUUCUUCGUCUCUGAUUGAUUUAAUUCUUACACAUAUCAACGAUGAUAAAACCUUAGAAGCCAGGGUUGUUGACCAUGGGAUUAGUGACCAUAGUCUUGUUUAUAUAUGUCGGAAAAUUAGCAUUCCUAAAGAGCCACCAAAAAUUGUAUUUACACGACAGUUCAAAAAUUACAACUCCCACCAAUUUAAAGAAGAACUAAGCUACUAUACUAAUCUAGAUCCCACAUCAAAUGGUCCAAAUGUGCUAUGGAAUGAAUUUAAGAACAACUUUCUUACUAUUGCUGAAAAACACGCGCCAGUUAGACAGCGUCGCGUUAAGAGUGAGCAUAAACCAUGGCUGACGAAAGAAAUAAAAUGGUUAAUGCACCAUAGGGAUUAUCUUAAAAGACAGAGUGUUCGUUUAACAUCGAGUAAUUAUAAUGAGGCCUACAAAAGAUGCAAGAAUAAAUUAAAUAAGCUUAUUAAAAAGACUAAGGAAGAAUACUUUAAAACGAAGUUAUCCAAUGCAAAUAAUAACAAAGAGAGUUGGCAGGCUAUUAAUGAGCUUUUAAACAAAAAGCCCAAAACUACCCAUGUAACACAGCUAAAUGUAGAUGACCAAGUUAUAACUGGAGACACAAAUAUUGCGGACUGUUUUAAUCAGUAUUUUUCAUCCAUCAGUUGUAAACUGUCAAAAAAUGUCCAAAAUAUUAAUGUUGACCCUAUGACAUUUGUCACUCCUAUGGAGAGUUUGUUUCACUUUUCAUGUAUUUCAGUCCAGGAGACUUUUGACGCUUUAAACCAACUUAAUUCAAGGAAAUCACCAGGACUGGAUGGCAUAAGUGUAAAACUAUUAAAAGAUACAAGCAAUGUUAUCGCGCAACCAUUAGCCAACAUCUUUAAUCUAUCUCUUCAGACUGCAAUUUUUCCAGACAAGUGGAAAAUUGCCAAGGUAUCACCAGUCUUUAAAGAAGGGAAUAAAACUGAUUGUGGAAAUUAUAGACCAAUCUCUGUAAUUUCUGUGGUUGCUAAGCUGUUUGAAGGGCUAGUGUACAAUCAAUUGAGAAUGUUUAUUGCCGACAAUAGCAUUCUUGUAGAGCAACAGUCCGGUUUUCAUUCACAACACUCUGCUGAGAUGGCAUUCUUAGGUUCGACAAAUGAGUGGUUAUAUAACAUGGACAGUGGUUUAAUCAAUCGAGUCCUGUUCUUGGACUUGAAAAAAGCUUUUGACACUGUUGACCAUGAAAUCUUAUUAAAGAAACUUCACCUAUACGGCAUAAAAGGAACUACUUACGCAUGGUUUGAAUCUUACAUCCAAAAUAGAAAAUCGAUUUGUUUAAUGAAUGGAAAAAAAUCACAUGCUAGAGAAAUUAG